CUGUAUCAAUGGCGCAGGAGAAGAAGGGUAACGUACGUGAUGAUGUACUGAAUAUAAAUCCACAGGACCUCGUGUCUGUUCGUUUAAAUCAGGCUUCGCAAACCUUUGAAGACGAAAAUUUCUUGUAUCCCUUCCGACCGUUUAACGAAUCUCCCAGUCAUCAAUCAUGACUUUUGACUCGCUGGGCGACGUUCGUACCAUGAGCGCCUCUGUUGCUGCGACAGAUAGCCAUGACCUUCUCAAAGAUCUCGUGGAAGAGGUAUUCAAUGAAUAUAUCACCAAUGAGAUGCCCAUUCGUCUACUUCACAUCAUCAAGAACGAUCAGAAGAUAAUGCUUCAACUCGUAGACAGGGAUUUCGUCAAGGAGCAUUUUAAAGAGAAAAAGGUUACCGACAACAUUCACGCCGAUUUUGCUGAAAAUAUGGUCGUGGACGGGGAGGAGAGGGAGGAUCGUAUCAGAGAGCGUGUGAAGAAGGAACUGAAAUAUGCUAUCCUCUCGCAUAGAUGGUUGCCGGGCAAGCAAGAGCCUCUGUAUCACCAGAUGUUGGAGGAACCGAAGGAAGUCCCCGAUGGUCACGGGCCAGGAUGGAAGAAGCUCCAAAGUUUUUGCCGUACGGCGAAGGAUGUCCACGACUGCGAAUUCGCCUGGUCCGAUACGUGCUGCAUAGACAAAACAAGCAGCUCAGAGUUGGAUGAAUCCAUACGCUCCAUGUUUCGCUGGUACAGAAAUUCCCACGUAUGCAUCGCCCUCCUUUCGGACACAGCAGACCUCGCGGCUCUUCAACUGCAGGAGAAGGGUCAAAGUGGUGAAAAGUCAGUUGAUGCUUGGUUCGAAAGAGGAUGGACGCUUCAAGAGCUCCUUGCUCCGUCGCAAAUCAAAUUCUAUGGAGCAAACUGGCAGCCCCUCAUCCAAGGCUCUGCGAACGACAGAGACAGCAAAGUUAUCAUGGAAAAGAUAUCAACGCUCACGGACAUCCAUAUGAAUGAUCUUGAAUCAUUCACACCUGGCAUAGACCGGGUGCCAGAAAAGAUGUUGUGGGCAUCCAGGAGGCGAACGACUCGCAUGGAAGACAUCGCAUACUGCCUUAUCGGAAUAUUCGAUAUCAGCCUCAUGAUCACAUACGGCGAAGGCAACAGAGCCUUCUUCCGUCUCAUGGAGGAGAUAGUUAAGAGAUACGACAAAUGGGACUUGUUCCUAUGGAGCGGUCGUCGUUCCCGCUAUAACGCAGCCCUUCCGGAUGCUCCGCACUCCUACGCUGCAGGAUGUAUCCAAACACUUCGCGACGCAGUUCGCCAGGCCGCAAGCUACGAGUUUGGAGAUAGGCGCUUUGCCUUGACCAAUCACGGACUCGAAAUCUGGGUGCUCCUACUGGUCGUCGAGGGUGAAGGCGACGCACAUUGGCCCAAAGCCUCACGAUGUGACCUGGGCAGUAGGUGUGCUGGACUAUUCCGUAGACGGUGAGGAAGGGGUCAUCGACUCGGACAGGUUGCGGAAACCUCCAAUCAGCGCGUUCCUGCUAUCCUCGAA